AUGUCUAGUUCUUCCAAUAGCAUAGCUGCUAAGCCAGAUGAUUCUCGGCCUGGAAUGACAGCGGAGGUUAUCAAAAUUCUAAGCAAAUUUAAACCCCAAGCUUUAAGCCUGGAAGAGUCUCGUGAUCGACAUGUUGAAGAUAAAGCAGAAAGGUUGAGAUUACGAUUACUAUUAAGGCAGAAUGCUGCAGAGGAUGAAGAAAAGAUCAGAUCAUUGCAGGAGUUAUCCAUUCCGAGUCUCAGCUAUGGAUGGCAGGAGAAAGACAGCAGUGGCUUCCAAGACUUUUUUCUCUCAACAAUGGAGGGGCUCAUGCUAACUUGGAGCAUUACACGUUGGGAAUCUCGUAGCGCGAUGCCGCCGGGAUUUUUCAGUAGCGUUGCUACUUAUAUGACUCUUGAGUGUCUCCGAAACCGGGAGAGGUUUCCUAACUACCCUAUGAGCUCUAGGGUCACUAACUAUCAAGUUUAUAUGAAGUGGAGAAAUUUGAAAAGAUCGAAGGGUGGAGAGUCAACUAUCGAUCGACUUUGGGAUACGGCGAUCAGAAUCAAACAGCUAUCGAAACCCGAAAAUCUAUAA